AUGUGUUCUCCAGACGUGCUACAACCGAUUAUUCGCGAAAGCUGGGAAGAACUUCGCGAUCUAUUCAAAUUUGAGUGGCCAAAGCAUGAGUUGGCAUAUAAUACCAUACAGAACUAUAUUGACUGGGACGAGAAAGAUUCCAAGAUUAAAGAUCUGGAGAUUCUUAGCUUGAACGGUAAUUGGAGACAGACUGGAGCCUAUCUGGUUUUAGAUCGCUUUCAAAUAUUCCUGUAUACAUUAGAGGAAGAUUGCAACUCCUUAAAGCGAGCCCUCCGGCUUAUAGAUUGGGAUUACAGUUAUAGAAUCAGUGUAGUCUUAGACGCUCAUUGGUCAACCGUGGAUGCAGUCUUGAAGCAGCAACACAUCGAGACGCGUUUCUACAACAAAUCUCUCCUGUUCUACCUCCCUAGAGAAGAAGCACUCAAGUUCCACAUUGAGCUCCCGCAAGGCUUGCAGCUCAAACAGCUCACCGCCGAGCACGGCGUGUACGCGAACCGACUGUGGCCUCACCGUAACUCCGGGUCCGAGUACUUUAUCAAGCGCCUAGCGGCUUGGAACGUUUCGAUGGGACUGUUCAGCGAAUCCGGCCAGCUGCUCGGUUGGUGCUUCCAGUGGCAAACGGGAGCUAUUGGUCCGCUGGAGGUACUCCCGGAGCACUACCGAAAGGGGUACGGAACGCUGCUGACAAAGGCGAUCGCCCGGGAGUUGGCCGGCCGUGGCCGGAAUUGUUACGGAAACGUUAGCGAAACGAACGUGGCAUCGAUUGGGAUGUUUGAGCGGUUGGGGUUCAGGCUGCCUUGCUACCAUCACUGGGUUUCGACCAAGGCCCGGAAGCUUUGCGAGUGGGAGGUUUGA